GCAAGCAAGGGGCGUACCAUGGGGCGUACGUAGAGCGAAAAGACUAGUAGUGUGGUACCAGUUAACGAUAGUCUCUGGAGGAGUCAUGGAUGAAGUGACAGGCGCUCAGCUGGUUGCUGAGUCUCUGAAGGCUCAGAAAGUGGAGUACAUGUUUGGGAUUGUUGGUGUUCCUGUCAUUGAAGUGGCCAUGGCUGCUCAGGCCGCGGGGAUCAAAUAUGUAGGAAUGCGCAACGAGCAGGCGGCAUGCUAUGCAGCCUCAGCCGUCGGAUACAUGACUGGGAGGCCAGGAGCGUGCCUGGUGGUGUCUGGACCUGGGCUCAUUCAUGCUCUGGGUGGGAUGGCCAAUGCUAACAUGAACUGCUGGCCUGUGAUUGUUAUUGGAGGGUCCUCGGAUCGAAACCAGGAAACAGCAGGUGCCUUUCAGGAGUUUCCACAGGUGGAAGCAUGCCGUCUGUACAGCAAGUUUUCUGCCAGACCAAGCAGCUUGGAAGCCAUCCCAUCAGUCAUGGAAAAGGCGGUACGCACCAGCAUUUAUGGGCGACCAGGUGCUGUUUACGUUGACAUUGCAGGGGACAUGGUGAAUGCUAAAGUAGAAAGGACAAAAGUCAGAGGAGUGUCCUGCUGUUCACCUCCUCCCGUGAGCUUGGCCGACCACACUGCAGUCACAGAGGCCGUUGCUCUCCUAAAGGCAGCAAAAGCACCCUUGGUGAUCAUUGGCAAAGGAGCAGCCUACGGCAGAGCAGAGGCAGUGUUGAGGGAGUUUGUGGAAACAAGCGGAUUGCUGUUCCUGCCCACACCGAUGGGAAAAGGAGUCGUACCUGAUGAUCACCCCAACUGUGUGUCUGCUGCCCGCUCCAGAGCUCUCCUCCAGGCUGAUGUUGUGCUUUUGCUUGGAGCUCGACUAAACUGGAUUCUGCAUUUUGGUCUGCCACCCAGAUUUAAUCCCAACGUAAAGAUCAUCCAGGUGGAUCUCUGUGCUGAGGAGAUGGGGAACAACGUGAGGCCGGCUGCUGCUCUCCUGGGGGACAUCAAAGCUGUAGUUUCUCAGCUUGUGGCGCUUAUCAAGAAAGAUGGCUGGAAAUAUCCUUCUAACACCGAGUGGUGGAGCAUGCUGAGAGAGAAGGCCGCUGCUAAUACAAAAAUAUCAAAGGCUCUUGCCCUCAGAGCCACACCACAGAUGAACUACUACACCGUGUUUCACCACAUUUCUGAGCUGCUGCCACAUGACUGCAUCAUUGUUAGCGAGGGUGCAAACACCAUGGACGUCGGGCGUACCAUGCUGAAUAACUCUUUACCUCGACACAGGUUGGAUGCGGGCACAUUUGGGACGAUGGGAGUUGGCCUUGGGUUUGCUGUUGCAGCUGCUGCUGUAGAGAGGAGCAGGGAGAAAGGCAGACGGGUGGUCUGUGUGGAAGGAGACAGUGCCUUUGGGUUUUCUGGGAUGGAGGUUGAGACCAUGUGCAGGUAUAAUCUACCUGUGGUUAUCAUUGUGGUUAAUAAUAACGGCAUAUACAGCGGUGUUGAUGCUGAGACGUGGAAAGAAAUGGCAAAGCUGGGAGAUCUGACCUCUGUAGCCCCUCCUGUGUCCCUCCUACCUGAGGCUCGCUAUGAUGAGGUCAUGACAGCUUUUGGGGGCCGGGGGUUUCUGGUGAGGACUGUGGAGGAGCUUCGUAGCGCCUUACAGACCAGCCUGAGUGACUGGGAGAACCCCAGUCUCCUCAACGUGCUCAUAGACCCCUCAUCGGAUAGAAAACAGCAGGAGUUUCCUUGGCUCACACGCUCCAACCUCUAAUCGCCCACAUCAUCAGAGCAGCGAUGGUGAUGUCCUGCCAGAAAACUAUGAAGCUGUUUUUAAAGUUUUCCAUGAAGUAACUGAAUGUUUUAGGAUUCUUACUAAACUGUAAUAUUUCAAUGCACAACACAAUAAAACCUCUGGGGGCUUUUGUAAUAAA